AUGGGAACUAUUGAUGCGCGGGCGGGAACGUCAGAUGUCGUCCACCUUGGCUUCUGGGUGGAUUAUGACGGCAACUCAAUCAGCAAAUAUCGGCUGACUUUGAAAACAAAUCUCGCCUUGAUCCUGUUGGCUGCCCUUACAGUUCUGGUCACCCUCUGUGCCAGCCGCAGCUGGAAGCUCUGGUCGUCGGCAGCGCACUAUGCCCUUGAACGCAGCCACCGUAAACCCUCUUCGAUAUCAUCCAUCAGACAACAGCAGGUUAUUCUGCGAAACUCAGAGACCGCUGGCGGUAGUUUGUUUGCUCUCCUAGGACUAGCGAUAACAAAACGCCCUCUCCGCAGUCCAGGAUGGGUCAGUCAGCUUUCCCUGGUCUUCUUGUCCCUUGGCCAUUGGAUAGUUUUCGUCGCGCUCGGAAUCCUCACAUCGCAGAUCGUCACGGGCAGGACCGUGAGGGCAAUCCGAACAGACCACUGUGGAGACUGGCUGCCAAAGGCGAUGCCCUCAUUAGAUGCAUCAUUGGCAGAACAGCAGGAAGCCUUUGCCACACUGAAUGAACUCGCGCUGAACUCAACUCUAGAAGCGGACGAUUAUGUCCGGCGUUGCUAUGGUUCAACCUCGUACGCCACAUCAGAAUGCACUCAGUUGUCGAAGCGGUAUCUUUCCCAUCAGAUCGAAGACACGGAAUGCGUAUUUUCAAAGGAGGUCUGUUCCGAAGUCAACGGGACCGCAGUAGCCUUCGACUCUGGGAACGUCUCAUUUGCUGACCUCGGAUUGAAUUCGGCGUUGUCUGACCGGCUUUUCUUUCGCCGUCGGUCCGUUUGCUCACCACUUCCCUGGCGACCAUUCAUGUACACCCAGGACCAGGCGCUACUGUCCCUUCAAAGCUACGGCGCGAAUGUUAUUGAGGACCCGAAAGAAAUCCAGGCAUUCUCCCAUGUCAAAUUGGAUGAAUUCAGGAAUUGGACCACUCAUUUUCGCAGCACCCUCUCCGAAACAUACGGGCUCUACACCGAACUGGCAAUGAAUGGCACUAGAACCUCCCCGCUCAUUCGACCACAAACACAGUCUAUGCAGGUGUCAGUGAUCACGGUGAUGGGCGAAAUCAUUUCGUACCAUUCACCCUUCUCCGACCCAUUCUUCAAUUUUCAAAGCCGAAUAGAUGGAGUAGAUGCACUAGGGAGGGAGUUUAUAUUCUACAGGAUCGGGCCACCGAUCAACAGUGUGGCCUGCCAGGAAAUGGUGAUGUAUUGCAGCGAGUAUACCAAUUUCUGCACACAAUGGGAGGGCGUCUAUUUCGGGAGCCAUGGCAAUAUCUAUGCGAGCUUGGUCGGCGAUCAUGCGAAUGACACGACGGUUGAGACUGCAUUCACCGCUGUUGGUAUGGCACUAUUCCACUCAACCAUUUACAGCUCAAUUAGCGAUCGCGGAAACUCCGCAUUGCUGGCCACACGCUUUGUCGCAAAUCAGAGACAACUUCGCCUGGUGCCGGGGCAGUGGAAGAUCGAGAUCGAGCGCUGGUUCCAGGUCGCGCUUGCUCGCGUUCAGUUAGUGAUGUUACGAUACGUGAAGACUCCAGGCCUGGACCGGACACGCGUUGAGAAUAUGUGGGAUUUGAUCCCGGUAGUAAAGGGCGUGUGUUCGAUUGUCAAAUUCAACUCCGCCGAGCACACCACACUCAGCACCCUCGGAGUUUUCAUCAUCGUGGCAUUCAGCUUAUUGCUGACCAUCUUGAGUAUGUGGGACAUGGCCCUGCCAAUUAUACCCAAAAGGCUCCUGACUGCCUGGAACCGGGAUCAAGCUCUCGAGCUCCUUGACGCUUUGAAUAAAUCGGACACGAACCAUGGCCUUGAUCAGGAAGGAAACGGCAUCGCCACGGAGGACAAAAGGCCACACGACCUGGAAGGAAAUGCAACCACAAAUCUCCUGUCCCCCUCUGAAUCCGUCCAGUCCAAGCUGUCAGCACGCAAGCCAGUUGAGGGCGAAAACAUUAAUUGA